AUGGAUGAAGACUGGAAUGAAACAUUGAAUAUACCCUUUAUAACUCUUGGUGGGUAUGUGGAAAUGGAAAAGUACAGAUAUCUGUAUUUGGUGGUUAUUUUCACAGUUUAUAUUCUGAUAAUCUGCUUUAAUUCAACUAUUGUAUGCCUGAUUGUGAAACAUCAAAACCUUCAUGAACCUAUGUAUGUUUUCAUUGCAGCUCUGCUAAUUAACUCUGUAUUUUACAGCACCAUUACAUACCCAAAGCUUCUGGUUGAUAUUUUAUCUGAGAAACAGGUCAUAUCUCAUUCAAUGUGUCACUUUCAAUUUUUCAUGUUGUACUCUUCCGGUGGGUCAGAGUUCUUACUGUUGGCAGCCAUGGCCUACGACAGAUAUGUCUCUAUAUGUAAACCUCUGCAACAUCCAAUCAUUAUGAACAAAACCACUAUUAUUAUUUUUUUAGUUUUGGCCUGGCUUCUGCCUUCCUUGCAGUUUGCAGCACACGCUGCAUUGAGUUCAUACAGAAAAAUCUGUGGCUUCACUUUGAUAGGAAUCUUUUGCAACAACUCUGUUUUCAAGCUUCACUGUGUGAGCUCAAGAGUGAUUACUUUCUAUGGUGUUAUACUUUUUCUUAACCUUGGCAUUUUUCCUCUGCUCUACAUUAUUUUCACAUACACAAAGAUAUGUGUUGUAUCCUAUAGAAGUUGUAGGGAAGUCAGGAGAAAAGCUGCACAGACCUGUCUACCACACCUGCUGGUUUUAAUCAACUUCUCCUUGCUGGUUGCGUAUGAUGUCAUUAUAGUUAGACUAGAAUCAUAUAUUCCAAAAACUGCACGUUUGAUAAUGACCUUACAACUGAUUUUAUAUCAUCCUCUCUUCAAUCCAAUCAUAUAUGGACUAAAAAUGAAAGAAAUUCAUAAACAUCUUAAAGGGUUGUUCGGUCGAAUCAUUGUCAAUCUAACAAAUGUUUCUACAUCAAGAGAAACUUAA